CGCAUCGCCAUUUUGUCAGGAGGGUUUUUUUUCCCUCCCCCUUCCAGCUUCAGUCUUUUUUUUUUUCAAAUGUUUCUCCCUUCCCGCCGGAAUAAUGCUGUCAGUGGAUGUACAUUUGACGUUUUCGGAUAAUGAGACGCGUCUAAUGGACCGGGAGAAGAAGCUCAAGAGGCCGACAUUUUAACGUGCCCGAAAGAAUUAGGCGGCGCCGCCACGAAAGUCGGCUUGUCCGCGGCGUCUGUGCUCCAGCGGGCCGGUUCACUGCGCAGGUUUGGACCGCGCGCCAUUUUGUGAAAAUUGACACAAAAUUCCAAAGCCGAAUUAGCGUUGGACGCGGCGUCUGUUUAGGGUUCAAAAACACGCCGAAGCCACCUUCGCCGUCGCGCCGCUCCAGGAGGUCGACGCGAAUUUGACAAAAGACUGCGUAAAAAUCGCUUUGACGUAGCCUUUAUUUAGCGGCGGGGGCUAACGAUUGUUAGCUCGAGGCUAGCCCGGGAAGCUAGGUGGCUAACGUUCAUUUUGUCAACUAACAGCUCUAGUUAGCACUAGCCACAUUCGCUAAGCUUAGCUACUAACUUAGGUGAGCUAGUCAACGUUAGCAUGUUGCUAGUCAUCAGCUGAUGGUAACGUCGAUCUCCGUCGACAAAUGGAGAGUUUACUCGAGUUGGCUGGCAAAUAAUUGUCGUGUUUGCCGGUCGGAAGACAGACGCCGGAUCGGAUUGAACGUGAUCAUUCCUCGCUAACCGUGCAAAGGGAGGGGAGAAUCUCAAGCUGGAUAAGUUUCCUCAUCAUACAGGUUAUUGGACUUUAAAUGAAGAUCGUGCCAUCAGAGUUGGUUGUCUGCUGGACUCUCCUGCCGGGAUGAUAUGACAUUUUUGCCCAAGAUGCAUCCAGGAGGAGAGACUUCAGCAUGCAAACCUUCGUCUGUCCGGCUUGCGCCCUCUUUUUCUUUACACACUGCUGGUCUUCAGAUGGCUGCUCCAAUGCCCCAUACGCACCAGCAGUACAGUGAGCGCCACCAGCCAAGCACUGACCAAUCUGUUUCGGUUUUACCGUACAGCGACCAGACGACACAGCUCACUGCCAAUCAGAGGCACAUGCCCCAGUGCUUUCGUGACCCAACUUCAGCUCCCCUGAGGAAGCUCUCCAUUGACCUUAUCAAAACAUACAAACACAUCAAUGAGGUGUAUUAUGCAAAAAAGAAGCGGCGGCACCAACAGGGUCAGGGCGAAGACUCCAGUCACAAAAAAGAAAGGAAGGUCUUCAAUGAUGGCUAUGACGAUGAUAACUAUGACUACAUCGUCAAGAAUGGGGAGAAGUGGAUGGACCGAUAUGAGAUUGAUUCCUUGAUAGGAAAAGGAUCGUUUGGACAGGUUGUGAAAGCAUAUGACCGAGCAGAGCAAGAAUGGGUUGCAAUUAAGAUUAUUAAGAACAAGAGAGCUUUCCUCAAUCAAGCCCAGAUUGAAGUGCGCCUCCUCGAGCUCAUGAACAAACACGACACCGAGAUGAAAUACUACAUUGUUCACCUGAAGCGUCACUUCAUGUUUCGGAACCACCUCUGCCUCGUGUUUGAGAUGCUUUCAUAUAACCUGUACGACUUGCUCCGAAAUACCAACUUCCGCGGUGUUUCACUCAACCUCACGCGGAAGUUCGCCCAGCAGCUAUGCACGGCGCUGCUUUUCCUGGCCACGCCCGAGCUCAGCAUCAUCCACUGCGAUCUGAAGCCCGAGAACAUCCUCCUCUGCAACCCCAAGAGGAGUGCCAUCAAAAUAGUGGACUUUGGCAGCUCGUGCCAGCUGGGACAAAGGAUAUACCAGUAUAUCCAAAGUCGCUUCUAUCGCUCCCCAGAGGUGCUUCUGGGAAUGCCCUACGACCUGGCCAUUGACAUGUGGUCAUUGGGUUGCAUUUUGGUGGAGAUGCAUACAGGAGAGCCUCUCUUCAGUGGAGCCAAUGAGGUGGACCAGAUGAACAAAAUAGUGGAGGUUCUUGGCAUCCCACCCAAUCACAUAAUGGACCUAGCCCCAAAAGCCAGGAAGUUCUUUGAGAAGCUUUCAGAUGGUACAUGGAGUGUUAAAAAGACCAAAGAUGGCAAAAGGUAUAAACCUCCAGCUUCACGGAAGCUCCACUCCAUCUUGGGUGUGGAGACCGGGGGUCCGGGUGGCCGGCGGGCGGGCGAGUCUGGCCACGCUGUCGCCGACUACUUGAAGUUCAAGGAUCUGAUCCUGCGAAUGCUGGACUAUGACCCCAAGAGCCGCAUCCAGCCCUACUAUGCCCUGCAGCACAGCUUCUUCAAGAAGACGGCAGAUGAGGGGACCAAUACGAGCAGCAGUGUGUCAACCAGUCCCGCCUUGGAGCAGUCCCAGUCUUCAGGAACCACCUCCAGCACCUCCUCUAGUUCAGGAGGCUCUUCUGGAACAAGUACCAGUGGCAGAGCGAGAUCAGACCCUACCCAUCACCACUUACACAGUGGAGGGCAUUUUGGCACCGCCAUGCCAGCCAUUGAUGGAGACAGCCUCUGCCCACAGGCUCGACAGCCUUACCCACCUCCGCUGGUGUGGGGAGGCGGCGUCGUACCGGAGUCUGUCACCGGCGAGACCCACCCAGUCCAGGAGACCACCUUCCACGUCCCCCCCCAGCACCCGAAGGCCCUGCAUCCCCACUCACACGCUCAUCACCACCACGGGCCCAUGAUGGCCACACGGCCGCGCCCGCGUCACUACACCUCCCCGACGCACAGUUCGUCGACCCAGGACUCCAUGGAGGUGGUCCACGGCCAUCUGUCUAUGACCUCCCUGUCUUCCUCUGCCUCCUCUUCCUCAACAUCUUCCUCUUCCACUGGGAACCAUGGCAACCAGGCCUACCAGCUCCGCCAUUUGCCCGCCGGAGCGCUCGACUUUGGUCAGAACGGUGGGCUGAGCAUGGGGCUAGGUGCCUUCUCGAACCCGCGGCAGGAGACCGGUAUGGCGGCGCACCCUGCUUUCUCCAUGGGCACGAACACAGGUCCUGGCCACUACCUAGCGGAGGGCCACCUGAGCAUGAGGCAGGGCAUGGACCGGGAGGAGUCUCCAAUGACUGGAGUAUGUGUGCAGCAGAGUUCCAUGGCCAGCUCGUGACUGCGCUGACAUUUUGGCUGUGUUCCUCCUACCCCCCCCACCCGUGCGUCAUUUUUAAGGUGGUGUUUUUCUACUACAAGGUGUGUUGAGAAUCAAAGCUGCUCAUGUCAGAAGGGAGAUAUCACUGAACCGCUACUACAGAGGAAAAAAAAAAACAAAAAAAAAACCUUUGUUAAGAAGAAGUAUAUAUGUAAUUGUCAUCCAUUUUUUUUCUUUUGAAACCAUUAGGCACAAAUACUGCGGAAUAACCAUAGUCAGAUUGAGACAUCCAUUUUACCAUUUCACCACCUUAUGGUAUUAUGUGGCAAAAGGAGCAUUUCACAGCAAAGUUUAGGCCACAAAAUGCUUGCCUGACAUUACUGUUCCACUGGUUUGUCAUUAUUUUUGCCCCCCCCCUCUCUCACCCCCUCGAGCAAAAUGUCACACAAAAAAAGCUGCUUGUAAAUCCUGUAGCCUGACGAGGGAGGGAGAGUGUUUUUUUUUGCGGUGAUAUUUCUUGUCGGUGGCUCAGUGAGUGUUGUGUAACUUGACAUGACAGCGGAGUUCCCUAUAAGCGUGUGCUGGCCGGGCGAAUACAAAUGGAUAUAGACGCCGAGUGGGUCAGAGGAGAGGGAGGCUUCGGCCCCUCGUGCCAAGAUGCCCCCCCACCCCACCCCCAAAAUAUCGUGGUGUGAGCUGCGACGACACGAGAGCAGCGGAAGGAAUACAGUCGGUGGCUGGUUCUAGAUAACCCUUUGGCCUUAUGACUCAUGGACUUGGACUGGGGAUUGAGCUGGACAUUUUCAUUUUGAAUUAAGAUGGCUUUUCUCUAUUUUUCUCUCUAGACAGCCCUUAAUUCUUGAAAACAUUUUAGAAGGAAAAAAAGCUAAAUAAGUGGUAAUUUGAGGCCUUUCUAGACAGAUUUCUUCAGCAGGGCCCCACAUAACAGGGUCUUAUUGUACACAACAACCUCCUAAACAUGACUUCCUUGAAAAGAAAAAAAAAAAAAUCUUAGUCACCGGUUAAGGCUUUUUGCAGUGGAAAGAACUUAUCCCAGAGUUGACCCUCCCCCCUUUUUUUAAAGCAUUUUCUCCUUUUUUUUUUUUUUUUGCAUGUAGUUCCACAUCAGAACCACCUGCACAAGUCUCUCCAUCCCAACAAACAUGGAAACUGAAGAAAAAAAAAAGUUAAAUGACUGCCUUUUUUUGUCCUCAAAUUAUGCUGUGAAUUUUACAAGAAUUUAUUUUCCCUUUGGAUAUGUUUUUAUACCAAAGCGGUUGUUUUAUAGCAUAUUAGGUGUCUGUAACCAAUAAUGUAGCAGUUCACCACGCGUUGACGAGAUCUUAACCGAAGCGUCGACAUAAAGCAAAACUGGAGAGCGUUGUUCAGGUUAUUAUUGUGUACACUCUUGGCUACAUUCGUUUACCACCUUUUACCAAAACCUGUUUCCAUAUUAAUUGGUAGAUUCUUUUGGGAGUCAUUUAAAGAUAAGAUUUAAAACAAAAAAAAUGUCGCUAUGUUUAGAAAAUUUGGUAGUUACUCUGCAGGCUCCGGAGUAGCAAGAUAGAAGCUGAUGGUGGUUUAAAAGAAAAAAAAAAGCUACAAAAAAAAGGAGACUAAUGCGUUCGAUAUUUGUGUUGGCAUCUUUUUUUCUUUUCUUUUGCUCCAUCCUACAUACUAUUUCAAAGGGUUUUUGCUGCCUUUCGUACAUUUGGUCAACUUGGCUUGGAUAAUUUGUGUUGAAUGGUAUAUGAUGUUGUAGUUGGCGAAGGGCGCACCCCCCCGCCCCCCUUGAUUGUUGUCUUGUUCAAAGGGAAGCCCGCCAAUGCGUUUUCUGCCUAGACAGGCGCAUGUCCUAAAAAAAUUACUUUAUUUUAUUUUUUUAUUUUUUUUUUUUUUUUACAUCAGGGAUUUUGAAGUGCUUUUUCCUCCUUCUGUUUGCUCAUUUUGACCAGCUUUGAAAUUAGAGAGGAGACAACCUGCCCGCGGCCACCUGUCAAGAUGGACGACAGGCCGUACACAAACACGCACGCGUCUAUCAUACUGUUGUCAUUUUGGAAGGAACGAUCCAUUCGCCGAAUCACGCUCCCAUUAAACACCAAUGUAAAGCUACCUAUAUCGCGAACGGGGGGUUUUUAUCUGGAUGUCAAGGUUAAUUGCAAAUUUGCAAUCAUUUUUGUUCACACCCUCGCCGAAUUUGAGAUCUUUAGACGCGUCGGCCGGCCGUUUUGAUCGCCGGCGCUCAUACUGGUACUAAACAUUCCAAAAAUAAAGUGGAAAAAGACAAAAAAA